GCGCCGCGUGUAUCUUUCAUUCUUGUUGUUUAUAUAUACACGUAAUAUUAUGGUAUUUAAUUGAAGAACAUUUUAAAUAACAUUUUACAUUAUUACAGUUUAAUACCGGGACAUUUUCUGAAGUCAUCAUGUCAUCUGGUAGCAUAUUGCAGGAUGUUGACACAGGUCAUGCGGAUAUGAUACAUGAUGCACAGAUGGAUUAUUAUGGUAUACGUCUUGCUACUUGCUCUUCAGACAAGACGGUAAAAAUAUUUGAUGUUCGAAAUGGAUCGCAGAAAAUUGUUGCAACACUGAAAGGGCAUGAUGCACCUGUAUGGCAAGUUGCAUGGGCACAUCCUAUGUUUGGAGUUCUUUUAGCUUCUUGUUCUUAUGACAGAAAAGUCAUCAUCUGGAAGGAAACUGAUGGCAAUUGGGAGAAUAUUUAUGAAUACAACAAACACGACUCCUCUGUAAAUUCAUUAUGUUGGGCUCCCUAUGAAUUUGGUUUAAUUCUUGCUUGUGGAAGCUCUGAUGGUUCAGUAUCUGUGCUAAGCAGCACAGGUGAUGGCAGAUGGGAGACUAAGAAAAUUCACAAUGCCCAUACGAUUGGAUGCAAUGCUGUUAGUUGGGCUCCUGUUAAUGCACAUUUAGUAUAUUCUGGAGCAGGAGACUAUAGUGCAGUAAAUACAAAUAGUAAUGCCAAUUCAACCAAGCGUUUUGUUACUGGUGGUUGUGAUAAUCUUGUGAAAAUCUGGAAAUAUGUUGACAAAGAAGAUACUUGGUGUGAGGAAGAAAAAUUGGAAGGCCAUUCUAAUUGGGUCAGAGAUGUUGCCUGGGCUCCUUCAGCUCAUUUUGGCCAAAGUGUGAUAGCGAGCUGCUCACAAGAUAAGAGAGUAAUCAUCUGGACAAAAACUAAAGAGUCAUCAUGGAGUCCCAAAGUAUUACACACAUUUGAUGAUGUUGUUUGGCAUGUUAGUUGGUCUGUGACUGGAAAUGUCUUGGCAGUUUCAGGUGGAGAUAAUAAGGUCACACUAUGGAAAGCUGUAAAUGAUCAUCAGUGGGUCCGUCUAAAUGAUGUAAAUAGAUUCCAGGAAGAUAGGAAGGCAUAAUCAAAUCAAGAAAUGAUUUUAAACCGGUAGCAUAAACAUUCUAAGUUUUCUAUCAAGAAGUUAGGAUCAAGCUGUUUAAAAAAAAAGACUUCUUGUUCAUAUAAGAUCAAUUCGUCUGUUAAUUAUUUUUAUUUUGGUGGUUAUAUUCAAAAUGUGGUUAAUUUUGAAUAUUUUUAAAUAAACUGUUUUCUUUAUUUGCAGUUCAUUAUGUAUAAAGAUUGUUAUUUUUUAAGAGUGAAAAAUAAAACAUUUGAAAUGGCUUUUUAAAAGCUGGAAAGGAAUUUGCAUUGUUUGUUUUCAGCAUAAGCUUGUUUUAUUUUAUACAUUUGUUUAGGGUAAAAAUAAAACCAAGGUUAUGCAUUAUGUAGCACAUUUGACUUUUAAUUCUUUAAAGAAGCUUAGUUAUAGUUUUUGGUUUAAAAAUUAUUUAAGGUUUUAGCAAAUGUAUUUUAAGCAUUUUAAAAUUUUCAUUUUAUUUUAGGCUAAGUGCAUUUAUUAAAUUAAGUGUAAUUUUAGUUUUGUACUAGUCUCAGGCAUUUUAUUUUUUAUGAUAAAAAGUUUGUUGCCAUAAUUGAUGUGAAUAUUUAUUUGAUUUCAUUGUAAGGACAUUCUUUAAAAAUUAAGUUACAAAUAAAAGUACUAUGUUUCUGAA